AUGGAGAUAGACAAUGGAGAGGGAGAGCGGGAGCGAAUCUAUGACCAAUUGCUGGAGGUGGUCACUGCUGUCCUGCAACAGCAGAUGCCUGCGCUAAAUGCAGCGCAGUUGCUCAUGCCCAUCUCUUCCAAGGAAUCCUUGCAGCAAGUUCUGGUUGAUGUGCUCUGGCUGGGAGGCUUUGCAGCCACUGAAGUUCCAGGCAACAAGGAAGCACGUGAUGAGUUCACGAACUUUUGUUGCCUCUUGGAACGAGAGGGUGUGGUCUCCAAACCCAUUUUAGCCGCGGGCUUGGAAACUGAAACACUCCCUCCUCCGGUUUGCAACAUGUCACUUCUACGGAAGAAGCAGAACCAGGCAAAGACCAAAGCUCGCUACACAGUGACAAGGUUCAACUUGCUGCGGGAACACAACGAAGGCUAUGCUCGAGUCAUCAUGUACAUGGACAGGCUGAUUCACCUAGAUUGUGAUGUCCUAGGUGACAGCGAUGAGCUGACAAAGAUUCGAGAGAGCAUAAUUGAAGAUAUCAUGCUUCUCAUUGGCCACAGCUACUUGUGUCCCAAUCGCAUCAUUGCAAUGGCCAUCGACAUCUACGAAAAGCUGAUGAUGGAAGAGGAAGAACCGAGCAAACGGCCACAAGCAUUGGUCUCACUGCUGCGGAGGUUUAGCAGAGAGAGACUCACAAAGAUAGCCGCUUUCCUCGUGAGCAUUGCUUCCCCUGUUGCAGGCUCCAAGGAUGUCAAGGAUGGCAAGGACGCCAAAGAUGGAAAGUUUGAUCCAGAGCCGAGACUCUCGCAGUUCAUGGCCAUAGCUUCGUUGAUCUCCAUCAAUGUCAUUGAUCUUCGGACUCUCUGGUCUUACUUGGAACCUGGUGAGAAGAAGAUCCAGGAGGCCUACCACCUGCUCCAAAGAAAGUAUGAAGCAAAGCUGAAGACCAUCUCGGUGGUUGACCUCUCUGGAAAAUCCAACUUAGCAAAAGACAAACGCUAUUUCAGUGCUUCCGUGAAGAACUUCAACCAACUCUUGAACAAAAAGAUCCGUAUGGUGGAGGCAAUGAUCAGCAUCAAUGACUGGCGGAAUGCCUGUAUUAUGCUGACAAUCAUGAGGCGGAUUUGCAGACCAUGUAUGAAUCACUAUCUGAGAUCUGCACUCUGCGAUUUGCUCAAGUGGAUCAUCCAGCCGUUGCUGCCGAAAACAGCUUCCCCGCCAUACAAAUCCAGUAGGCGCUUUGCCUGGGGUUUGCUGCUGCAAGGGAGCGAAGGACCAGUGCCUGUGUGCCUCCCGCAAGCCACAGAUAUCAACGACUUUGCAUCAGCUACCAAGCAGGUGUUGGACCAGUUGGAGUACUACUUGCACACCGACAAUGUGGCCAUGGGCAACCUUUGGCAGGUGAUGGCGUUGUCCUUAAAGGAUCCGCCGGGACCUAGUCCUGUCAUUGCUGCUUCCGCCCACAGUGCUGCUCCUUCAAAUCAGAUCUUGGAUGAUCGACUUGUGGCCAUGAUUUACAAACAUCUGCUGCCAGCAAUCUCCAUUGCUAAACCAAACCCUUGGUUGAGCAGCAUGGCAUGGAAUGUGCUGAGACAACUGACAAUCUUCCAGCGGUACAUGAUCUACAGCUGUUGGGAAACAAGGUAUAGUCAGUUCAUGCUGAAGUACAGCUAUGAGGAAGCGAAGUUUGAGGCAAAGAAGAUCCUGAAGCGGGUGGUUUCCAGCGACAAGUCAGAUCGAGACCGAGAUGAUCCAAAUGCAUACAAGCCCUCUCCUGUCUUCUGUCAGCUUUGCCAAACAAAUCCGAUCCCAAUUGUGGAGGUCAUGCUGAAGGACAUUGAGAUCGGCUUCAAUGUGAACAUGAUCCAGCCCUAUGUUGACCUCACUGGCCGCUGCUCGGACAUGAUGACCGACGUGGUGGGCUAUGUUCUGGCUCGGAACUGUGAGCGAGGCGCCUCGGAAACACGGACCUUCCUGAAUCCAGCCGAUGGCUUUCUCUCACCAUGGCUCAGCAAUUUUGCGGAAUUCAUCGGCCGCUUCUACAAGAAGCACCCGCAGACCAACCUGGUGGGCAUCCUCACAGCUGUAUGUCGACGAAUGAUGAGUGAUCUUCCAGAAGGUGCAGGCAGUGCAGGCAGUGCAGGCAGUGGUCGACAAUCGUCCAAGAAGUUCAAGGGUGAAUCCUUGAUCCGUGUGGUCUUAGAGAAGCUGAUGGAGCACAUGGGAGGCCUCAUCGUUGUGAAGGACUUGACGGCAGAGCAGCUGCUGUGUUUGGCGGGUGGCCCACGUUUGCGUUUGGAAUCUGUAUCGGUAGGUGCAAGGCCAGACCCUCUCCGCAAGGAGAAGACAAGGAAAGCCUUGAUGGAUAGCCUUGUUGAGUUGGGCCUGGCUACAGCCUUGUGGGAUUGCCUCAGCAAGCAACGCUUGUUCUUCCUCUCUGAGAGUUUCUCUGAGGUGAACAGUGGUGAGGGCGCCCUGAAGCUGCUUUGUGCAUUGAUUGACGGGAGCCAAGACUGCUUCUUGAGCCUCAUCGAUUUCAUCUCACAAGCUGCUGCCAGAGAGAAGUACAUGAAAUUGGUGCCUCCCUUUCAGCAGAUCUUUGGUGUCUUGGAACCGCCAUUGGCCUAUGCAGCUCUGCGGCCCGGCCUGCCACCCUUUGCACGUGGGGCAUCCAAAGCCGACGCCAAGGCUAGUUUGGUUUCUACACCGGAGGAGGUUGAGCUGCACAAGCAACUGCUGGGUGUCGCCCAGCAAUGUUUGACAAGGUCAACUGAGGAAGAUGGGCUGUCCAUGGACUUUUACGUCACAUUCUGGCGCCUGUCCUUGCAGGACAUUUUCGUCCCCACAGAUGGCUACGAAAAAGUCCUAUCUCGGAUGAUGAAUAGUCAGAGGCAAUUCGAGGACACCAAGGCCAGAAUGGAGAGGAAUCGCAACUUUGAUAACCACAGCCGGGACUACAAGACUGUGCAGAGGAACAUUGUGCGUCAAAAAGAGGUGUAUGACAAGGUGAAGGAGGAACAUCUCCAGCAAAAGCUGAACUUUGAGAAAGUCUUGGCGCGACUUGAGCUAGAGAAGUCUGGAUGGUUUCUGAAGAAAGACCAAGAGGCCACUCAAGCACUGGUGGCGGAGAUGUUUAUGCCUCGGGCACUUACCUCCUAUGCAGAUGCCAUGUUCUGCUGCAAGUUUGUUCGCCUUCUGAUUCGCAUGAAGACACCUGGAUUUUUGUUCCUGGACUUCUUCAACUGUUGGACACUCCUGCUGUGUAUGAACUUGCGUGGCUGCACAGAGCGGGAGGCCCAGAUUUGUGGCAUUAUCCUUCGAGAAAUGAUGUCGUAUGUGUUUAGCCUGCGGCAAAGUGAGAAAACCUAUGAACAAGAGAUGAAGGACAAUCCAUGCUUUCAUCGUCAUCAUUAUGAUGAGACACAGUUGGAGGGCCCUGUUGAGUUUGCAAAGCACAGUGAAAUUGUGCGAGCUCACAGCAAGUGGGAGGGCAAAAUCUACAAAACUUUGAAGAUUAGUUUGGAGUCUGAGGAAUGGACAGACAAGAGGAACGCUUUGCUGCUUCUGAGCCAGUCAUGUGAAAGCUGCCCUGUCGCGGAGAAAUUUGCAAAGGGUGUACUUCAUUGUGUGGAAAAUGUCCGCGAGCGAGAGAAAGCAAGUGACUUAAAGACUUUGGCAAAUUCCUUGGCUGUGAAGCUAAAGGCAUGCAGCAAGACAUGGGUGAAGCAGGAGGCAAGGGAAAAGGCGGCUCCCAAGAGUGUGGCCAAACCGAAGGAAGCACCCAAAGAGGGGGCACCAAAGGAAGGGACUGCAGCGGCCACACCUGGGGCCACACCCGCGGCCACACCUGGCGCCACACCUACUGCCACAUCUGCGGCCACACCUGCAGCCACACCGCCAGCCAAAGAGUUGCCGAAGGAGACGAAAGAUGCCAAGCCGAAGCCAAAAGAAAAGCCCAAGGAAAAAGAACCCAAAGAACAAAAGGAGCAGAAGCAGGAGACGAAAGGCAGAUCCAAAGAAAAGGAACGCGAUCACAAGCGGCGGGCAGAUGCUCCCCGAAAUGGUGGUGAUGAGAGAUCAGAAAAGAGACGUCGUGGUGACGAUGAUGCAAAGAAAGGGGACGAUGAUGUUGUGAUGAUUUCAUCACACCGGCCGGCCACUGGCCGCAGCGGCGCAGCCCGAAAUUCCUUGGCCGUGCAACCAAGUCACAGUGACAGAGACCGCUCCAGUCGAACUGUCUCCAGCUAUGGUGACAGAGCUGAUAGACGUCCCACCGCCCAAUACUCCAGAGGCACAACUGAUGUACACGGCGGUGAUGAACUUCGAGGCGCACCCAGCAACGUCCUCUCCUACCACCCCUUUGCAAUGGCAUGGGUCCACCGUGCGGCCCAAGAGCUGUUGCAAACGGAAGACAAUGGAGAGGGAGAGCGGGAGCGAAUCUAUGACCAAUUGCUGGAGGUGGUCACUGCUGUCCUGCAACAGCAGAUGCCUGCGCAAAAUGCAGCGCAGUUGCUCAUGCCCAUCUCUUCCAAGGAAUCCUUGCAGCAAGUUCUGGUUGAUGCGCUCUGGCUGGGAGGCUUUGCAGCCACUGAAGUUCCAGGCAACAAGGAAGCUCGUGAUGAGUUCACGAACUUUUGUUGCCUCUUGGAACGAGAGGGUGUGGUCUCCAAACCCAUUUUAACCGCGGGCUUGGAAACUGAAACACUCCCUCCUGCGGUUUGCAACAUGUCACUUCUACGGAAGAAGCAGAACCAGGCAAAGACCAAAGCUCGCUACACAGUGACAAGGUUCAACUUGCUGCGGGAACACAACGAAGGCUAUGCUCGAGUCAUCAUGUACAUGGACAGGCUGAUUCACUUAGAUUGUGAUGUCCUAGGUGACAGCGAUGAGCUGACAAAGAUUCGAGAGAGCAUAAUUGAAGAUAUUAUGCUUCUCAUUGGCCACAGCUACUUGUGUCCCAAUCGCAUCAUUGCAAUGGCCAUCGACAUCUACGAAAAGCUGAUGAUGGAAGAGGAGGAACCGAGCAAACGGCCACAAGCAUUGGUCUCACUGCUGCGGAGGUUUAGCAGAGAGAGACUCACAAAGAUAGCCGCUUUCCUCGUGAGCAUUGCUUCCCCUGUUGCAGGCUCCAAGGAUGUCAAGGAUGGCAAGGACGCCAAAGAUGGAAAGUUUGAUCCAGAGCCGAGACUCUCGCAGUUCAUGGCCAUAGCUUCGUUGAUCUCCAUCAAUGUCAUUGAUGUUCGGACUCUCUGGUCUUACUUGGAACCUGGUGAGAAGAAGAUCCAGGAGGCCUACCACCUGCUCCAAAGAAAGUAUGAAGCAAAGCUGAAGACCAUCUCGGUGGUUGACCUCUCUGGAAAAUCCAACUUAGCAAAAGACAAACGCUAUUUCAGUGCUUCCGUGAAGAACUUCAACCAACUCUUGAACAAAAAGAUCCGUAUGGUGGAGGCAAUGAUCAGCAUCAAUGACUGGCGGAAUGCCUGUAUUAUGCUGACAAUCAUGAGGCGGAUUUGCAGACCAUGUAUGAAUCACUAUCUGAGAUCUGCACUCUGCGAUUUGCUCAAGUGGAUCAUCCAGCCGUUGCUGCCGAAAACAGCUUCCCCGCCAUACAAAUCCAGUAGGCGCUUUGCCUGGGGUUUGCUGCUGCAAGGGAGCGAAGGACCAGUGCCCGUGUGCCUCCCGCAAGCCACAGAUAUCAACGACUUUGCAUCAGCUACCAAGCAGGUGUUGGACCAGUUGGAGUACUACUUGCACACCGACAAUGUGGCCAUGGGCAACCUUUGGCAGGUGAUGGCGUUGUCCUUAAAGGAUCCGCCGGGGCCUAGUCCUGUCAUUGCUGCUUCCGCCCACAGUGCUGCUCCUUCAAAUCAGAUCUUGGAUGAUCGACUUGUGGCCAUGAUUUACAAACAUCUGCUGCCAGCAAUCUCCAUUGCCAAGCCAAACCCUUGGUUGAGCAGCAUGGCAUGGAAUGUGCUGAGACAACUGACAAUCUUCCAGCGGUACAUGAUCUACAGCUGUUGGGAAACAAGGUAUAGUCAGUUCAUGCUGAAGUACAGCUAUGAGGAAGCGAAGUUUGAGGCAAAGAAGAUCCUGAAGCGGGUGGUUUCCAGCGACAAGUCAGAUCGAGACCGAGAUGAUCCAAAUGCAUACAAGCCCUCUCCUGUCUUCUGUCAGCUUUGCCAAACAAAUCCGAUCCCAAUUGUGGAGGUCAUGCUGAAGGACAUUGAGAUCGGCUUCAAUGUGAACAUGAUCCAGCCCUAUGUUGACCUCACUGGCCGCUGCUCGGACAUGAUGACCGACGUGGUGGGCUAUGUUCUGGCUCGGAACUGUGAGCGAGGCGCCUCGGAAACACGGACCUUCCUGAAUCCAGCCGAUGGCUUUCUCUCACCAUGGCUCAGCAAUUUUGCGGAAUUCAUCGGCCGCUUCUACAAGAAGCACCCGCAGACCAACCUGGUGGGCAUCCUCACAGCUGUAUGUCGACGAAUGAUGAGUGAUCUUCCAGAAGGUGCAGGCAGUGCAGGCAGUGCAGGCAGUGGUCGACAAUCGUCCAAGAAGUUCAAGGGUGAAUCCUUGAUCCGUGUGGUCUUAGAGAAGCUGAUGGAGCACAUGGGAGGCCUCAUCGUUGUGAAGGACUUGACGGCAGAGCAGCUGCUGUGUUUGGCGGGUGGCCCACGUUUGCGUUUGGAAUCUGUAUCGGUAGGUGCAAGGCCAGACCCUCUCCGCAAGGAGAAGACAAGGAAAGCCUUGAUGGAUAGCCUUGUUGAGUUGGGCCUGGCUACAGCCUUGUGGGAUUGCCUCAGCAAGCAACGCUUGUUCUUCCUCUCUGAGAGUUUCUCUGAGGUGAACAGUGGUGAGGGCGCCCUGAAGCUGCUUUGUGCAUUGAUUGACGGGAGCCAAGACUGCUUCUUGAGCCUCAUCGAUUUCAUCUCACAAGCUGCUGCCAGAGAGAAGUACAUGAAAUUGGUGCCUCCCUUUCAGCAGAUCUUUGGUGUCUUGGAACCGCCAUUGGCCUAUGCAGCUCUGCGGCCCGGCCUGCCACCCUUUGCACGUGGGGCAUCCAAAGCCGACGCCAAGGCAAGUUUGGUUGCUACACCGGAGGAGGUUGAGCUGCACAAGCAACUGCUGGGUGUCGCCCAGCAAUGUUUGACAAGGUCAACGGAGGAAGAUGGGCUGUCCAUGGACUUUUACGUCACAUUCUGGCGCCUGUCCUUGCAGGACAUUUUCGUCCCCACAGAUGGCUACGAAAAAGUCCUAUCUCGGAUGAUGAAUAGUCAGAGGCAAUUCGAGGACACCAAGGCCAGAAUGGAGAGGAAUCGCAACUUUGAUAACCACAGCCGGGACUACAAGACUUUGCAGAGGAACAUUGUGCGUCAAAAAGAGGUGUAUGACAAGGUGAAGGAGGAGCAUCUCCAGCAAAAGCUGAACUUUGAGAAAGUCUUGGCGCGACUUGAGCUAGAGAAGUCUGGAUGGUUUCUGAAGAAAGACCAAGAGGCCACUCAAGCACUGGUGGCGGAGAUGUUUAUGCCUCGGGCACUUACCUCCUAUGCAGAUGCCAUGUUCUGCUGCAAGUUUGUUCGCCUUCUGAUUCGCAUGAAGACACCUGGAUUUUUGUUCCUGGACUUCUUCAACUGUUGGACACUCCUGCUGUGUAUGAACUUGCGUGGCUGCACAGAGCGGGAGGCCCAGAUUUGUGGCAUUAUCCUUCGAGAAAUGAUGUCGUAUGUGUUCAGCCUGCAGCAAAGUGAGAAAACCUAUGAACAAGAGAUGAAGGACAAUCCAUGCUUUCAUCGUCAUCACUAUGAUGAGACACAGUUGGACGGCCCUGUUGAGUUUGCAAAGCACAGUGAAAUUGUGCGAGCUCACAGCAAGUGGGAGGGCAAAAUCUACAAAACCUUGAAGAUUAGUUUGGAGUCUGAGGAAUGGACAGACAAGAGGAACGCUUUGCUGCUUCUGAGCCAGUCAUGUGAAAGCUGCCCUGUCGCGGAGAAAUUUGCAAAGGGUGUACUUCAUUGUGUGGAAAAUGUCCGCGAGCGAGAGAAAGCAAGUGACUUAAAGACUUUGGCAAAUUCCUUGGCUGUGAAGCUAAAGGCAUGCAGCAAGACAUGGGUGAAGCAGGAGGCAAGGGAAAAGGCGGCUCCCAAGAGUGUGGCCAAACCGAAGGAAGCACCCAAAGAGGGGGCACCAAAGGAAGGGACUGCAGCGGCCACACCUGGGGCCACACCCGCGGCCACACCUGGCGCCACACCUACUGCCACAUCUGCGGCCACACCUGCAGCCACACCGCCAGCCAAAGAGUUGCCGAAGGAGACGAAAGAUGCCAAGCCGAAGCCAAAAGAAGAGCCCAAGGAAAAAGAACCCAAAGAACAAAAGGAGCAGAAGCAGGAGACGAAAGGCAGAUCCAAAGAAAAGGAACGCGAUCACAAGCGGCGGGCAGAUGCUCCCCGAAAUGGUGGUGAUGAGAGAUCAGAAAAGAGACGUCGUGGUGACGAUGAUGCAAAGAAAGGGGACGAUGAUGUUGUGAUGAUUUCAUCACACCGGCCGGCCACUGGCCGCAGCGGCGCAGCCCGAAAUUCCUUGGCCGUGCAACCAAGUCACAGUGACAGAGACCGCUCCAGUCGAACUGUCUCCAGCUAUGGUGACAGAGCUGAUAGACGUCCCACCGCCCAAUACUCCAGAGGACAUGACCGAUUGGAUCGGCGCAGAUGACCCUCUCAGCUGCGCGACCC